AUGGGUCCUAAACGCCAAGGUAGAAAGAGACAGGCACCCUAUGAUCCAGAAUUGUUGGAAAACUGGACUGUAAAUAGACUCCGUUCCGAGUUAGUAUCUAAAAACAUAACAUUCCCAACUAAUGCUAAGAGAAUGGCGUUAGUCCGUUUAUUGAGACCAGCGACUUUGAGUGUAGAUGACGUAAGCGACGGCGGCCAUGACACAAUGUUAGCAGUUCCUCAAGAGAGUAGUGCGCGAUCCCAGAAUGCAACACCAAAUGUAAACAAUAACAAUAACGACAGAACGGCAGUUUUAGUCGAUCUCGUGUCUAAACUGUCUUCCAAUGUUCAAAAUCUACAACAGAAUGUUAUUUCUUUGAAUAAUAAAGUAACUGUUUUAACCAACAAUCUUCCGCAAAAUAACAAUAUCAGUUCAAGUCCGAUAGUACCAUCAACUUCCUCAAGAUCUCCAGUUGUAAAUGAUUCUGUCGACGACAGUCAACCUAUUCAAAACACUAUUACUUCAGUUCCAAUUACAUCUCCCAGUUCUACAGGGAACUACUCCAUUGAAUCGGCUAUGCAAAGCUUUCAGACAUCGUCCUUCAACAGGCAUGUUCCUACAGCCGCUGCAGGAAGUGAAGCCCAGGCCCGAGAAGUUGAUACAAGAGGAUACAAACGUACCUGUUACGGGUAUUCGGCAGAAUCACUGCCUUUGGUGGAAACUAUUUCCCCCCAACUAAGAAAUAACAUUACAGCAGAUGCAGAAAUUCAGAAUACUAGCACCGGAUGCAGAAGAGAUGUCAGUGCCUUGCCUAUUGCCUUCCCAAAUAAUGAUGUUUUAGAACAACAAGCACGUAAUUUAUGGGACUUGUCUUUAUGUCGGAGAACUAAACAAACAUACAGAUCAGCCUUACAGAGUUUUAUAACAUUCAUGAACAUGAGCGGGAUACAGGGCUCCAUUAUGUGUUUACCUUCAAUUUCUGAGGACCAUUUAAUUUACUUCGCAACUCAUUGUAAGAAUAGUAAAAAUUUGCAACAUGAUACUAUUAAAAUGUAUAUAGCCGGAGUACGAUACCAUUACUUGCGCGCAGGUCUUAAUGACCCUACAGCAGGAACAGAAAGACUUCCGUAUAUCAUGCGAGGUAUUAAGAAAUCACAAAACAAUGUUUCUAGGAACAGAUUGCCUAUUACUUCAGAGGUGUUAAAACGUUUAUGCAACUUGUUAUCAACAGGCGUUUUCUCACCGUUCAUGGAUCUAAUGCUGCAAUGUGCUUUUGUGACAGCAUUCUUUGGUUUCCUUCGAUGUGGAGAGUUCACUUGCAAAACUAAGGACGACUAUCUGAACUGCGUUAUAAUUGAUGAUGUUGAGAUCAGCCUACUACAUGAUCGAUUUGUGCUUAAACUAAAAACAUCUAAGACUGACCCUUUUCGAUUAGGAGUAGAGAUAACUAUAAAUGAAAAUGAUAUAUUUAGACCAGUGCAUAUUAUGAACAAGUAUUUGAAGUAUCGCUUACAGUUGGGAGCUUUAGCAAACUUUCCUUUAUUUGUUGAAAGUGAACUUGAUUCAAGUAGGCCAUUAUCCAGGGCAACAUUUAUUAACUAUCUAAGACAGCUUUUAAUACGCCUAGGUUAUAAGGAAAGUGAUUUCUGUGGUCACUCGUUCAGAAUUGGUGCUGCUACUUCAGCGGCAGCAGCGGGAAUUGAAGAUCAUAUCAUACAAACACUUGGUAGAUGGUCAUCGGACUGUUAUAUCAGAUAUAUAAGAACUGAUAAGAGAGUUAUUUCUAAAGCACAACAGAUAAUGUGUCAUUUUUAAAAUUAAUGUUUUGGUAAUGUUGUUUAUUUUUACAUAUGUGUUUUUUAGCAUUAUUAUUUCUUGGGGGCUUUCAUUCUUUCAUUAAUGAACUCAUUUCAUUUGGCCUUUUUAAUUCCAGGGGAAUCAUACUCCCCCAAUUCAAUAAUACAUCAGAUAGGUUCCUGUCGAGGAACAAAUAGGUAGUUUAAAGUAGUAUUUUUACUACGCUGGGAUCGCCCAGAAGCAAUUAGGUUCAUUCCUGGGGGUCGCCCCAGGAAUUAGGUUCAUUCCUGUCGAGGAACAAAUAGGUUCAUUCCUGGGGAUCGCCCCAGGAACAAUAGGCUCAUUCCUGUGGGUCGCCCCAGGAAAUAGGUUCAUUCCUGUCGAGGAACAAUAGGCUCAUUCCUGGGGGUCGCCCCAGGAAAUAGGCUCAUUCCUGUCGAGGAACAAUAGGUCAUUCCUGUCGAGGAACAAUAGGUCAUUCCUGUCGAGGAACAUAGGUCAUUCCUGGGGGUCGCCCCAGGAAAUAGGUUCAUUCCUGCCGAGGAACAAUAGGCUUAUUCCUAGGGAUCGCCUCAGGAACAAUUUUUAAAAAAUUUAUUUUUCUCAUAUUUUGAUUAGUUUGAAAUAUUCAUUUUUUCUCAUAUUUUGAUAAGAUUUUUGAAAUUAAGCCAAAUUUUUUAAGUGAAUGAGUAGCCCCAAGAAAGCCAAUAAUGUAUUAUAGUGUUUAUAGUCUUGCCAUGUAGAAAGAUAUGUACUGUUAUGUUACAGUUUAUUUUAAUAUUAUGUGUAGAUUUAGUAUGUUUUGAUAUUUUAAUAAUAAACAUUAUUCUUAAAUUGUGUUGUGUAUAAAAGGAAAUUUGAUUUAUUAAAUUAUAGUUUAUACACAAUACAAUGCAUCUGUUCAUCAAAGAUUAGCAGGCAGUAUCUUAGUCUAUUCUUAGGCAUUUGCAUAACAUUUAUUUUUAGAUUAUUAGGAAUAGUGCCCUAGAGGGGGGUUAGAGUAUUGUCGAUGAAAUUGAGAGAACGCAUCGAUGUAUCGGAUGCAAGAACAAUUAGCUAUCCCACCCGCCUUCCCCUACAACACCUGUGCAUUAACUGGGUAUUUAGUCUACAGGUCAUGAUUGGAUAAAAUAUGCUAUAAGUACUGAAAGAGUUAUUUAGUUACAGUCUGGUCCAUAUAAUUAAAUUCUGACUAAACAUUUAAGAAUAUUCAUAUAGCGGAGUAGUUGGUUUUUGUUCUCAUAUAAGCUGAUGAGUGUUUUCCAUGCAUUCACUCAAGCGAAGUCGAAAAUAUAUCUAUAAUUGAUAUUAUAAAAAGAAUGAUUUGAAAUUGCUAUAUUACAUUGUGAAAGAUCUAUUAUAUUUCUAGUUUGUUAUUUUCAAAUGUACAUAUUUGUUACUUCAUGUUUAAGGGGCUACUCAUAUAGAAAUGAUAGGUGUAUUUUUGCCUUUUUAAUUCCAGGGGAAUCAUACUCCCCCAAUUCAAUAAUACAUCAGAUAGGUUCCUGUCGUUGAACAAAUAGGUAGUUUAAAGUAGUAUUUUUACUACGCUGGGAUCGCCCAGAAGCAAUUAGGUUCAUUCCUGGGGGUCGCCCCAGGAAUUAGGUUCAUUCCUGUCGAGGAACAAAUAGGUUCAUUCCUGGGGAUCGCCCCAGGAACAAUAGGCUCAUUCCUGGGGGUCGCCCCAGGAAAUAGGUUCAUUCCUGUCGAGGAACAAUAGG